GGUAUGGGAAAGUUCUUGUUUCUGAUUAUUUAUUGUGCAUCUGCUCGACAACAAUAUUUUGUUUCUUUAUGAAAUUGGAGAUCAUAAUAAUUUUGUUUAAGUUAAAAUGGUCGUUCACUUGUCUAUUGGGUUUGAAUAUCUAUUUCAGUGUGUCUGAGACUCUCUCGCAUCUCCCACUUAAUAUUUCUAUUUUUGACAAACCUUUUUAUUAUUAAUAUGUAUUUUUCUGUGCAUAUAAUUAAUUAUAAUGAGUCAUGUGUUGCAAUCGAUUAAGGUGUGUCCAUUUCCGGAAAAUAAAACACAGAUGUCCGGGUUUGGUUUUUGUUUAGACAAAUUUAAUCACUUCCGGUAAAUUGGCGACCAAAGCUUCGCUUUGUAAAUUUUCACCUGUGUUACAGGUAAAAUUGCAUUAAAUACCUAUGUACAGAUAAAAAGAAUCAUGAUGCUAUAAAUAUACGGCAUAUAGUCAACAGAGACAAGACUUCAACUUUCUCUUUGUGACCAGGUCAAUUGAUAUGACUGUUUAUUAAACAAUAAAAUGGAACAAGAAGUUCAAAUCCAGAGCAUGCAAAGAGUGGUGAAAAGGAGAAAAAGUAGUAAAGAAGAUAUUAUUGACAGAAAGUUUGCCUGCAGUACCUGUGGCAAGGCAUUUAAACACAAACAUCAUCGUACUGAACAUGAAAGACUACAUACUGGUGAGAAACCUUACCAUUGUGAAUGGUGUGGCAAAAGAUUUGCCCAUUCUGGUUCCUUCAGUCAGCAUAGAAACCAAGCAUGGUGUAAGAAUGCCGAGGGUAGAGAUAGAGACAAGAAAAAGAGCAGAAGUAAAAGUGUGGAAGCAGAAAAGAAAAAGCCUAAUGCUAAAGUUUUAACUGCAAGACCAACGGAGCAGACAAUUGUUAAUCAUCCCCAUCCUCAAAUUGUUACUACGGAAACCAUUAAAAUAGAACCAUCAACUAAACAGACAUACCCCAUUUUAAACAGUCAGCUUUCACAACAAGCAUACCAUCAUGUACCAAGCACAACAAGUGAACAGUCCUACCAAGUUCCAAACACAUCUGUUGAACAAUCUUACCAGCAAGCUGCCAUUGAAACAAAAGACCUGUCUUAUCAUCAACAGAUAGCCAAAUUGUUACAAGGAGAAAAUGGUGUUCAGAUACCACCAGAAUUUGCACAGUCUGCUUCAGCUUGGCUUGUUGAUAAUGCCGCUAACAUGUUAGACAUUCAUUUAAGCAGUGUGGCCGAACAACAUGAACAAGCGGGAGGAAGUUCAAACGUGCAAUAUUUGUAUACAGUACCAGGAGAUCAAAAUACAUACUGUCUCUCAGGCAUUCCUUACGUUAACAAAGUUGUGGAGGCUCAGAAUGAAGGCCAGGAAGGGGAGAAAGGAACACUCAGUGGUGAUGGAAGCCAGUCUGCCUAUGACUGCUUCAAUAUUUUCAAUGUACAACCAAGAUCUGAAAGUGAGACUAUUAAAAAAGAGGGGGAGGCAAAGCCGGCCAAUACUGAGGAUUUCAGUGUUUUUAACGUACAACGUAAAAAUGACGCAGAAAAAGCUGCAAUGGAAGCUGGGGCCUUAGAAUCAUCAACAGCAGUUAACAAUUUACUAGAAUAUGCUGCUGCCAUAGAAAACAAUGCACGUCUACAUGAAGAACAGCAAUCUGUAGGAGAUGAUAUGGUAGGUGAGAUUAAAACUGAAGAUGGUGCUACAAACAAGUUACCUACUUAUGAUGAAGCUGUUAAAAAAGAAGAUGGAAUCAGAAUCCAGUACAAUGUCCCCAUCAAAACCGAACCACAUACCAGUGAAGAUACUAAACAGUUUAUUCCAGCCAUUUUACCUGUUAGCCAAGCAACAAUGAACCAGAAGUUACCGUUCCCAAUAAGUAACAUCCAAUGUGUUCUCUGUCAGGAAGAAUGUGCCAAUACCAAUGCCUUAGUGGAACACAUAAGGAACAAACAUUACUGUCAAGUAGCUGACCAGCUCUCCACAGCUAACCACACAGAAUCAUUGCAGGACAAGACAUCAACAACCAGUAGUGGGUUCACUAUGACAUCAUAGUUGACAUUUGGUGACAUCAUAUCUGACACUUGAUGACAUCAUAGCUGACACUUGGUGACAUCAUAGCUGACACUUGAUGACAUCAUAGCGGACACUUGAUGACAUCAUAGCUGACACUUGGUGACAUCAUAGACAGUACAAAACCAUGCAUUUUUUGUACAUUCCUAGAUAUAUCUUAUUGUUUGUUAUAUGUUUGUUUUUAUAUUGUUAUAACUUUUUGUGCACAUUCACAAAUUUGUUGAAAAUAGUUUCAAAGAUGUUCCUAUUUUUCCUGAAGUUUAUUUAUUUACAUACAUCUAAUUUCAGUUGUUGUGCAUUGAAAUUAAAACAGGAUUAAGAAAUACAUUGAAAAUUCUUUGACUGAUCGUAGGUCAUAUUUUGACCUCUCAUUUUCAUAUUCAGAUUUGAAGAAUUUUAUAAUCAAUAAUUAACAAGUAAAAAUGUAUUUGUUUUUUAUGUAGAUUAUAGGUAUAUAGGACAUCUUGUCAAUCACUAUAGAAACUAGUUAUUAUUACCAUGGUUACGAUUGAUCAAUUAUACAAAUUCUUAUUUGUAAUAAGAUAAUGAAAGUUCACUGGUAUCUUUAAAUGCAGUGUAUUUGUACAUGAUUUUUGACAUGUUGUUGAUGUUUCUUAAGAAGAAUGAUCUCAAAAUUGCAAUGUUAUGUUGUCCUAGUUUAAUUUUUUCUUUCUACUAGGAUUAUAAUUUCUUGCCUGUAUAUACACCUUUUACCUGGAUGUCAAUGUUACCACUUACAAGAGCACAAAACAAAUGUAUGUUGUUUUGAAUAUGUAAUACAUGUAGAUCUUUUUGUAAUUUUAGUUGUGGAUACAUGUGUUGAAAGUGACACAUUUAAUAUGAAAUAUGUAAGCACAAUGACUUCAUACUAUGAUUUAAUGCUUAUUCCUCUUGAGAAAAUUCAAAACAAAAUACAUGUAGGUUUUUAUCAACAUUUCACAGAUGAAAAGUAGAAAUCUAAAAGUUAAAUUAAAUAUUUCACCUUAAUUAUUUUGAAAAGUUGCUACACAAUCAACACUUCUUGGACCAUAGUGUAAAACAUUAAAGACAUUGUCAUGGAAAUAUAUCUGGGAUUUGUGUUUUAUUGAAAAACAUAUCUUGAAUGAUAUUAUUGUCCAUUUUUUUUUUUUAAACUUUAUUUAGCUGACAACAUUUUCAAAAAUCUAUUAAGUCACUUUUUAAGAUUAAGAUGAUUUGAGGAGAUAACAUUUAGAAAGUUUCAAGUUAAUUUUGGGUUUCAGUUCUUGUUUUCUUGAUACAUUAAAAAAAUAGUUUAAAAACUCAGUGAUUUGUUGCAAUAUAUAGUUAAAAUUGUCUCCCCUUAAUUUAAUAAGUUUGUUACCUCCCUUUGCAUUUUUUUUCGCUUGUUAAUGACUCUAAUUUUAAAAAAUCCAGGUUUAAAAAAUAGAUUGAAUAUUCAAGAAAGUAACGAUUUCUAAAUUAAAAUAAACAUGAUACUGAUUAAUAAAAUAAGUAAAAUACAAAGCACUCAUUGUUACUCUGACAAUAUAAAAGUUUCUAUCAACCCUGUAAUUGUUCAAAUAAUUCAAUGAUAAAAAAUGGUGUUAACAUUAUGUUAAAAUAAGACAUCUUUCAAAGUGUAAUGCAAAGAAUUCAUUUUGAAUUUUACUUGUUUUUAUUCAAAUCACAAAAAUUAUGUUCCAUAAAAGAAUUAUAUGUAACUACACUUUUAAGAAAGCCAAAAAUCAAAAUUUUUUUGAAUAAAACCUGAUGAUUUCUUAAAUUAGAGGGUUUUUACAAUCAUUUAAGAACUGUUCCAUUUAAACAUACAUGGUACUCAAGGAAGGCUCUUUCAAAAUGGGGUAUGGUGUGAAAUUUAAAAAUUGCACUUACAUUUUCUUUAUACUUGACACUUCAAUGGGCCGUCCUUGAGAACAAUGUAUAAUUUUAGGAACAGCCAUAAAAUAGAUCUGUAUACAUAUACUCAAUUUAAUUCUUAUGUUGUUGUUAUUUUAGAAAUGGUUGUGAUGAACUUCAUGAACAAAUGUGUUAAAUACACUGUUAAUAGAUGAUGAUCAAUCAUUAAUUAUUGAUAGUUAUAAUCAAACCGAUGUCUGUAUAUAGUUUUAUAAAUUGUUUCUUAUGUUUAAAAACAUGCCUCAUUUUAAAGAUUUUAUUUCAAAAGUUUGAUAAACUUGUAUAGCUAUCUUGUAGUGCAAAAUAAGAAUUUGCGUAAAACAGAAAGUGCAAAUAUUUUUUGGGGGGUUAUUUUUUUUAAAGUUUUUACAAAAUUCACAGAGAAAUGAUUUCAACUUUUGUGACCUAUGAACCUGACGUUGAUUAAGAGGACAUUUGUUUAUGUUUUUUUUACCAAGGGUGAUUUGAGAAAUGUUUAUCUACAAAUUUAUAUAUAUUUUUUUUGUAAAUGGUUGAUUUUUAUAGCUGUAUAAGUAGCUUUGUAUUGAAACAAUAAUCAAUAAUGGUAGCCAUGCCUUCUUUUUAAAGGUAAAACAAAAUAAUUAAAGUCACUCAACUUGAAGAUUCUCUUAUGUAUCAAUAACAAAAAAAGAAGUGAACAAAAAAUAUGAUUUGUGAGUUUAUUUUUAGAAGUAUUAUUGCACAAAUAUUGGUGAAUAUUGUUGAUAUUGGUGAAAAUUGUUGUAUGCAUAGUAUUAUUGCACAAAUAUUGGUGAAUAUUGUUGUAUUCAUAGUAUUAUUGUACAAAUAUUGGUGAAUAUUGUUGUAUUCAUAGUAUUAUUGCACAAAUAUUGGUGAAUAUUGUUGUAUUCAUAGUAUUAUUGCACAAAUAUUGGUGAAUAUUGUUGUAUUCAUAGUAUUAUUGCACAAAUAUUGGUGAAUAUUGUUGUAUUCAUAGUAUUAUUGCACAAAUAUUGGUGAAUAUUGUUGUAUUCAUAGUAUUAUUGCACAAAUACUGGUGAAUAUUGUUGUAUUCAUAGUAUUAUUGCACAAAUAUUGGUGAAUAUUGUUGUAAGGAGAUUGUAGGGAAAGUAUUAACCAAUAUAAGUGUAAUAUUUAUUUGUGUAAAUCAAAACUUUUCAGUUGACACAAACUAUGUAACCAUUAUUUACAUCAACAGUUUCAAACUAUAUUGCACUAAUACAAUACUGUGAAUGUAACACUGAGAGUUAAUUUCAAAUCGACAUUAAGAAAGGUUCUGGGAUCUUACAAUUUGCAACAUAACAUCAUUUUAUAAAUUUAGUUUUUCAUCCAGAGGUUAAAGGUUACAUCAGGCUGUUUUUAUGGAAUAACAUUUUUAUAAGUUAUCUUCAACUUUAAGAAUAUACAUUUUUUACGUGGAUUAGGACACACAAAACUUAUGCUUAUAGGUAGGGGUUGAAAGCUGUGUUUUAGUUGCCUAUAUAAACAUUCAAUGUAUCAUAGAUAAGAUGAUAACUAAAAAAAUAUUGAAAAUUUAAAGGGGAAAUUUGUUUUGAAUGACCUUAUUGUAAUGAGUUUGUUUUAUUUUUGUUUCUAUAUAUUAUGCAAAUAUAUACAGUGUAUACAUUAUUUAUACUAAAUUGUUGCACAAAUUAUAUGUAUAUCUUGUUUACUGCAAAUUAUUUUGUACAUAGAAUUAUUUUUACACCACAGAAAG